UGGCUCCAACGGGCAGUUGGAACUUCUUGGUCGACAGUUGGUGAGUCGGUUCUGACAGGUUCAGUGCCUCUAAAGCCAGAGAACUAGGAUAACUUCUCCCAACUCAGGAAAAGGCAGAGGCCAGGAAUUGACUUCAUGAUGUUUAAUAAUGAUGGCACUGACCAUAAGCUAAAUGUGGAAGCCAUGAUUAAAAAUAUUAACACAAUUUCUUUGGAAUUGAAGAAGAUGAAAGAGCUCUCCCAGUUAUUGCUUUGUGACCUUACUCUACAUUUUAAUCAACCCAUGAAGACAGAUGAUUUAAAGAAAAUAGAAAGAAACAACUCCCUCUCAGAAGAGCCUGAAAUAUCAGACAUGUCCCUUGCUUCCAACAUUUUUUCUGUCUGAUUUCUUAUUUGUUUGCUAUGAAUUUGACUAUUUAUUAUUCACACAUAUCUGGGAGAAUUGAGUUUACUAGUAUACUUAAUAGAAUAAAAAUAAAGUUAAAAUAUUACAUUAUAAAUAAUAAUUUCAUAUUCUUAAAGCCUAUUUUAUUGUUAGAAUGUUUGAAAGAAUGGCUAAUUUCACUAAUGGCAAGAACAGGAUAUAGAAAAUUGGCCUUGGGGCACUGCGUAUCUUUUACCUCAUGUUUGAAUGUGGCCCAGAUUGAUAGAGAGUUACUAAAUUAGAAGUGGAUGGUAUGAGUUUAUAUUCAUCAGAUCUCUCCUAGUAGCCAAUGACAGAACAGCGCAAGUUCACUUGAACAUUGUGUGGGCAUCUCUGUCCUAUUUCUGUUUCUGUGGAUUGACUUUAUACCCU